CAUUCCGCGCGGGCGUUGCUGGCGGGGGGCGGCGCAGCCACUGGACCCGGCCCGGGGCCGCGACCCGGGGUGGCGGGCGGCGUGGGCGGCGCCCGGGGCUGGGAUGCGCCGGGGGCUCAGUGGCGGCGGCGGCGUUGGCGGUGGCGUCGGCGGCUGCAGGGGGACGAGCUAGCGCCGCGGCGCUGGGAGCCAGUUGAGCCCGGCCGGCGAGCGGAGGCGGCAGCGCAGGCAGAGCGGCGGCGGCAGCGGGAGCCCGAGCGCUGCGCGCCUACCAUGGCCGCCCAGGGAGAGGCCAGCUACCUGGCGGCGCAGUCGGACCCCGGCUCCAACAGCGAGCGCAGCACAGACUCCCCAAUGCCCGGCUCCGAGGACGACUUGGUCGCCGGGGCGACUCUGCACAGCCCGGAGUGGAGCGAGGAGCGCUUCCGCGUGGACAGGAAGAAACUUGAGGCCAUGUUACAAGCUGCUGCUGAAGGGAAAGGCAGAAGUGGGGAAGACUUUUUUCAAAAGAUCAUGGAGGAAACAAAUACGCAGAUUGCUUGGCCAUCAAAACUGAAGAUCGGAGCCAAAUCCAAGAAAGAUCCCCAUAUUAAGGUUUCUGGAAAGAAAGAAGAUGUUAAAGAAGCCAAGGAAAUGAUCAUGUCUGUCUUAGACACAAAAAGCAAUCGAGUCACAUUGAAGAUGGAUGUUUCACAUACAGAACAUUCACAUGUAAUCGGCAAAGGUGGCAACAAUAUUAAAAAAGUGAUGGAAGAAACUGGAUGCCAUAUCCACUUUCCGGAUUCCAACAGGAAUAACCAAGCAGAAAAAAGCAACCAGGUAUCUAUAGCGGGACAACCAGCAGGAGUAGAAUCUGCCCGAGUUAGAAUUCGGGAGCUGCUUCCUUUGGUGCUGAUGUUUGAGCUACCAAUUGCUGGAAUUCUUCAACCGGUUCCUGAUCCUAAUUCCCCCUCUAUUCAGCAUAUAUCACAAACGUACAAUAUUUCAGUAUCAUUUAAACAGCGUUCCCGAAUGUAUGGUGCUACUGUCAUAGUACGAGGGUCUCAGAAUAACACUAGUGCUGUGAAGGAAGGAACUGCCAUGCUGUUAGAACAUCUUGCUGGAAGCUUAGCAUCAGCUAUUCCUGUGAGCACACAACUAGACAUUGCAGCUCAACAUCAUCUCUUUAUGAUGGGUCGAAAUGGGAGCAACAUCAAACAUAUCAUGCAGAGAACAGGUGCUCAGAUCCACUUUCCUGAUCCCAGUAAUCCACAAAAGAAAUCCACCGUCUACCUCCAGGGCACCAUUGAGUCUGUCUGUCUUGCAAGGCAAUAUCUCAUGGGUUGUCUUCCUCUUGUGUUGAUGUUUGAUAUGAAGGAAGAAAUUGAAGUAGAUCCACAAUUCAUUGCGCAGUUGAUGGAACAGCUUGAUGUCUUCAUCAGUAUUAAACCAAAGCCCAAACAGCCAAGCAAGUCUGUGAUUGUGAAAAGUGUUGAGCGAAAUGCCUUAAAUAUGUAUGAAGCAAGGAAAUGUCUCCUCGGACUUGAAAGCAGUGGGGUUACCAUAGCAACCAGUCCAUCCCCAGCAUCCUGCCCUGCCGGCCUGGCAUGUCCCAGCCUGGAUAUCUUAGCUUCAGCAGGCCUUGGACUCACUGGACUAGGUCUUUUGGGACCCACCACCUUAUCUCUGAACACUUCAACAACCCCAAAUUCACUCUUGAAUGCUCUUAAUAGUUCAGUCAGUCCUUUGCAAAGUCCAAGUUCUGGUACACCCAGCCCCACAUUAUGGGCACCCCCACUUGCUAAUACUUCAAGUGCCACAGGUUUCUCUGCUAUACCACACCUUAUGAUUCCAUCUACUGCCCAAGCCACAUUAACUAAUAUUUUGUUGUCUGGAGUGCCCACCUAUGGGCACACGGCUCCAUCUCCCCCUCCUGGCUUGACUCCUGUUGAUGUCCAUAUCAACAGUAUGCAGACCGAAGGCAAAAAAAUCUCUACUGCUUUAAAUGGACAUGCACAGUCUCCAAAUAUAAAAUACGGUGCAAUAUCCACUUCAUCACUUGGAGAAAAAGUGCUGAGUGCAAAUCACGGGGAUCCAUCCAUCCAGACAAGUGGGUCUGAGCAGACAUCUCCCAAAUCAAGCCCCACUGAAGGUUGUAAUGAUGCUUUUGUUGAAGUAGGCAUGCCUCGAAGUCCUUCCCAUUCUGGGAAUGCUGGUGACUUGAAACAGAUGAUGUGUCCUUCCAAGGUUUCCUGUGCCAAAAGGCAGACAGUGGAACUAUUGCAAGGCACGAAAAACUCACACUUACACAGCACUGACAGGUUGCUCUCAGACCCUGAACUGAGUGCUACCGAAAGCCCUUUGGCUGACAAGAAGGCUCCAGGGAGUGAGCGCGCUGCAGAGAGGGCAGCAGCUGCCCAGCAAAACUCCGAAAGGGCCCACCUUGCUCCACGGUCAUCAUAUGUCAACAUGCAGGCAUUUGACUAUGAACAGAAGAAGCUAUUAGCCACCAAAGCUAUGUUAAAGAAACCAGUGGUGACGGAGGUCAGAACGCCCACAAAUACCUGGAGUGGCCUGGGUUUUUCUAAAUCCAUGCCAGCUGAAACUAUCAAGGAGUUGAGAAGGGCCAAUCAUGUGUCCUAUAAGCCCACAAUGACAACCACUUAUGAGGGCUCAUCGAUGUCCCUUUCACGGUCCAACAGUCGCGAGCACUUGGGAAGUGGAAGCGAAUCUGAUAACUGGAGAGACCGAAAUGGAAUCGGACGUGGAAGUCAUAGUGAAUUUGCAGCUUCUAUUGGCAGCCCUAAGCGUAAACAAAACAAGUCAACGGAACACUAUCUCAGCAGUAGCAAUUACAUGGACUGCAUUUCCUCGCUGACAGGAAGCAAUGGCUGUAACCUAAAUAGCUCUUUCAAAGGCUCUGACCUCCCUGAGCUCUUCAGCAAACUGGGCCUGGGCAAAUACACAGAUGUCUUCCAGCAACAAGAGAUCGAUCUUCAGACAUUCCUCACUCUCACAGAUCAGGAUCUGAAGGAGCUGGGAAUAACUACUUUUGGUGCCAGGAGGAAAAUGCUGCUUGCAAUUUCAGUUUGUGACUCUGUUCAGAUCCGCAACAAGAUCCUGAGAGCUGCCAGGAUUGUGUGAACCUUGGAAUUUCAAAGAAAAAGGUUGGUAUUUUCCCAAACCAUCCCGUAGGCUUACUGAAAAAUAUUAGAGGAGUUUGCCGUAUCAUUUAAACAACAACAACAACAACAGCAAUUCUAAAGUCUCUUCAGUAGGACUUGACCUUGAAAACCUCUCUGGAAGAUUUAUCUCUGUGCAUCACAUUUAAAAACAUAUAUAUGUACUCUCUUAGAAACUGUAUCGGUUAGGGUUGGAUUCCCUUGUGAUCAUUUUACUGUUUCAAAGAUCUAGCUGAUGUGUCUUUUCAGAAUAAAGUUUUUAAUAUUUAUUUUGAAAAACUUUGUCUUCGUGGCCCAGUUGUUGUCAUGUGCUCAGUUAUAUGUGUUAUAUAUGCUAAAGGAGAAUGUUGUUUGGCCUCAUUCCUUUUUUUUCUUUGCUGUAAAGUGGGAAUGUCCUCCUGAAUUGUACGUUAUUCCCCCGUGAGAAAAUGGAGGCUGAAGAUAGUCCCUAGCUUGAAGAUGAUAAAACUUUUCCAGGCUGUGUACUUAAGGGGAUUCAUUUAUUCUUAACGCUUCCAUAAGUUUGCCUUUAAAUAUAUUCAAUUCUGUCUUGAUUUCUGGAUUUUGAAGUGCUGUGUUUGUUUUUGUUUUUAACAAGGUACAUGUAUUCAGCUUUUAAUAACUGUGUUUCUGGAGGAACUUGAAACAACAGCCAUCUGUAUGCAUGCCUGCAUGUGUCUUUUGCUUGUAAAGAUACCUUCCUUGCUUCUUCAGAGUGAAGCUGGGUUUUUCUAUUUAAAAAUUAAAUUCGGCAUGUUAAAAUAGCAAAUAAAGCUCUGUUAUCUGGCAUACUUGGAACUAUCGAUUUCUCAGAUUUGUAUUCCUGAUGCCUUGGUUGGUCUUCUCUGUCCAGUGGGUUACUGAAGGCCAGUGCUCAGGGCAUUGACCUUUCCAUCAGGCAUGUGAGGUUUCACCUCUGUCACUUAGUACCUGUGUGGGCAAGUGACUUAGUCUAUUUUUUAAAUCAGUUUUUUCACCUAUAAAAUGGAGAAUGGUAAUAUUAUCUAUCCCUUAAAGAAGACUUGAAUAGGGCAAAAUAAAUGUAAGGUGCUUGUCAUACAAUAAGGCUAAUGAAUCAUUAUUAUUUUUCUUCUCUCCUAAGACCUAUAUAUGAACAAAAGAGAGAUGUCUCCAGUGUUGCUUUGACCGUAUAGGGGCAGGCGUUUACAUUUUGGAAGGCGCAGUGGGGUAAAAUGUUAAGCGUAUUGGUCACCUUCCAGAACUUGGCCAUAGGAGUGUGUCUGGUCACAUGGUCAUCCUUAAUACCAUGCAGUCUGUUACAACCUGAGUCUGUGUCAUCAGCAUUACUGUAGAUGGCCAUAUCUUACAUUGUAACUUCACAAUUCAAAAGGGGAUUGAUUGUGUGUGUGUGGUUUGAAAAGUAGGGAGGACCAUGCAAAUAUAAGGUAAAUCACCUGCUCUAGCCCCUCAAAGAAACAACUUUAAGCCAAUCAAUUACAUAAUCCCUCUAAUCUAUUUUAAACUGAAUAAAUUUGAGGGUAUUUGCAUUUGUUUGGUAUCAAAACCCUAAUUUCCUUAGUCUGAUGAUUCUGUGUACUUGCAUGAGUUUGUCAGAAUGAGUUACAUCAGUGAUUUUGAGGUGGGGGCGGAGGUUGAUGCAUACUCAUAAAACAACGUAAUCUGUUUCAAUUAACUUUUUACCUUUCCGGUUAAUAAUUUUUAGUUGGCACAAGACAAACUAAACAGUGUUUUCAGAGUACUCUGAUUUCUUUACCAUUCAAAUAGGACACCUCAGGUUUUCCCUGAAAUUUUAGAUUCAAGUAUUUGUUGUUUGUGAGUAUUAAUUUUCUAAGCUGAUAUGAUUUUUUUACUAGGUUAAUUUUUUAUUCAAAGAAACCUACUCAUAUGCCUCUUUCUAAAACUAUUUCUGACUCAAGAAGUAUAGGCUUCAUGAGUUGGCAGAGCCAUGGGGGCUGUGGCUUAAUACAGUUGACCCUUGAACAACAUGGAUUUGAACUGCACAGGUUCACUUAUACACAGAGGUUUUUCAAUAAAUAUAUUGGAAAUAUUUUUGUAGAUUUGUGACAACUUGAAAAAACUUCCAAACUGCAUAGCCUGGGAAUAUUGAAAAAAUUUAAGAAAAAGUUAGGUAUGUCAAGAAUGCAUAUGUAUGAAAUAUAUACAGAUACUAGUCUAUUUUAUCAUUUACUGCCAUACAAUAUACACAUCUAUUAUAACAUGUUAAAGUUUAUCAAAACCUCACAGCCCAUAUAUGGCACCACUGGCAGCAGAGAGAAAUGUAAACAAACAUAAAGACAUUUUAAAUCAUAACUGCAUAAAAUUAACUGUGUUAUAUACAGUACUGCUGUAAUAAUUUCAUAGCCACCUUCUGUUGCUAUUGCAGUGAGCUCGAUGUUACAAGUAUCCGCUUAAAGCACUAUAUAACACUAAUCUCCACCUGAGCAAUUAAUCUCUCCAGUAAGUUGCAUAUAACAGUUACAAGUGAUCUCUCACAGUUCUUGAGUAUUUUUCAUUGUGUUUAAUACAAUACCAUAGACCUUGAAUAACACCAUAGGACCCACAUAAAGUGCCACUAAUGCUCUCAAAAGCAAAGUCAUGACAUCAUGAGAAAAA